AGUGAUAGCUAGUUAUAUUUUCAGGAUAUUGAAAUUUCUUGCAUUCUUCAGUUGCUAAUAAAUCGAUAAUGGCACCGUCUACUGAAGUGAGACCACCUCCAGCUGUUGAGAAGAAACCGGCCACUGAUCCGAAAAAGGAAAAGGAAGCAAAGAAGGCUGAAGAUGAUCUGAGUGAAGAAGAUAAGCAGUUACGUGAUGAGCUAACCAUGCUCGUCGAGCGUUUGUCAGAAAAUGACACGUCAUUGUAUAUGCCGUCUUUGGAAACCAUGCGAACUUUAAUUCGUGCAUCGACCACAUCGAUGACCUCCGUUCCUAAGCCUUUGAAGUUCAUGAGAGUUCAUUUUGACGCAAUGAAAAAGAUCCACGAGAAGAUCACCGAUGAUGCCACCAAGAAAUUCUGCGCUGACAUAAUCUCGGUUCUGUCAAUGACUAUGAGCGAAAAGCGGGAAUGCCUCGGAUACAAGCUUAACGGAUCAAACGAGCCCAUCGAUCAAUGGGGCCAUGAAUACGUCAGGCAUCUUGCUGGUGAAAUCGCAGCAGAGUGGGGCGAAAUCCCUGAAAACGAUUCAAAAAAAGAGAAGCUCUUGUCCUUGACGAACGAAGUUGUUCCUUACCAUCUGCAGCACAAUGCUGAGGCAGAAGCUUGUGAUCUGGCCAUGGAAAUCGAAAGGCUCGAUGUAAUCGAGAAGUACAUUGACAAUGCCACAUAUCCUCGCUCAGGCGCUUUGUUGGCUUGUGGGAUUGUCAGUGCAGGAGUCCGAGAUGAGUGUGAUCCCCCUCUGGCUCUACUAACGGACUACGUUGUGCACACGAAUAAUGUCAUGCGAAUUGGUCCGAUUCUGGGACUUGGUCUUGCUUAUGCCGGUUCCAAUCGACCCGAGGUUUUGGAGCUGUUAUUGCCUGUUCUGGCAGAAGCCAAUGCACCAAUGGAGUUGAUAGGUUUGGCGGCUUUAUCCUGUGGCCUGAUCAGUGUUGGAGCCCGGAAUAUUGAAGUUACAGCAACAGUUCUGCAAACUCUCAUGGAAAAAACUCCCGAUGAGCUCAAAGACCCGUUUGCAAAAUUUCUCCCGCUAGCCCUCGGAUUGAGCUAUCUUGGAAAACAGGAAUUAGCAGACGUAACCCUGACAGCCUUGGAUGUGCUUGCUGAUCCCUUCCGAUCGAUGGCUAAAACCCUGGUUGAAGUGUGUGCUUAUGCCGGUUCUGGAAAUGUUCUGAAAGUCCAAAAUCUCCUUCACAUCUGCUCGGAGCACUAUGAUGGUACUAGCGCAGAAACUACAAAGAAGAAGGAGAAAAAAGACGACAAGGAUAAGAAGGAUGAUAAAGAGAAGGGAAAAGAGGAGAAGAAGGACGAGCCGAGCGUUGAUCUAUCCCAGCAGCAAGCGAUUGCAGUCCUAGGCAUUGCACUGAUAGCUAUGGGAGAGGAAAUCGGUGCUGAAAUGUGCAUGAGAACCUUCGGUCAUUUGUUGCGUUACUGUGAGCCGGCAAUCCGUCGGGCCGUUCCUCUGGCAAUGGGUUUGCUCUCGGUGUCGAACCCGCAGAUGUCGAUUGUAGAUACACUGUCGAAGUUUUCUCAUGACCAUGAUCCAGAAGUGGAGUAUGCUGCUGUGUUGGCAAUGGGCCUAGUUGGAGCGGGAACGAAUAACGCUCGUAUUGCAGCUCUUUUGCGACAGUUGGCGCAGUACUAUUAUCGUGAUCCAAACUCAUUGUUCAUGGUUCGAAUUGCCCAAGGGCUCGUUCAUUUGGGCAAAGGUACGAUGACGAUGAAUCCGUAUCAUUCAGACAAGCAGCUUCUGUCGCCUGUUGCUCUUGCUGGUCUCCUUGCAACUUUAGUGGCUGCCUUGGAUUGCAAGCAUACCAUUCUAGGGAAGUCGCAUUACCUUCUUUAUUGCCUCGUGACUGCAAUUCAUCCACGUAUGCUUGUUACAUUCGACGAAGAUCUCCAGCCCCUUCCCGUGUCUGUUCGUGUUGGUCAGGCCGUGGACGUCGUUGGCCAAGCCGGAAAACCAAAAACGAUCACCGGAUUCCAGACACAUACUACCCCUGUGCUUCUUUCGUUCGGAGAACGAGCAGAACUCGCCACAGAGGAGUUCGUUCCAUGUACGAACGUUCUGGAAGGUUUCGUGAUCCUCCGCAAAAAUCCGGAUUAUACCGACUAGGCCUUGGUAUGGUGUUUCCGGAACUUGUAAAAAUUUUACGUUUGGAUGCGUCUGGUGUGUCGAGUGUCAGACUUUCGAUUUUGCUGAUGAUCGGCGCGUAGAAUUUUCUACUCGCCCUUCGGAACAAGGCGAGGUGUAAAUUUUACGAGUCGCCUUUUCAUCGCCCGGUUCGGGAAGCGUUGCGUAUUAAAUUGCGACAAUUAAUUAUGAA